AUGGAUCCCGAAAGCGACGUCAAGACCGGACAGGUCAAAGACGGCCCCGGUUCCGUGUCUAACGAGCUCCCCCUGAAGCCCGACGACGACCAAGGCGACCUGUACGAGCGACGGCUCUCGGAAGCGGAAUGGGCGAAGUUCGGACAGACGAAGCGCGGCCUCGAGCCUCGCCACGUGCAGCUCAUGCAGAUCGGCGGUUCCAUCGGAACAGGUCUCUUCGUCGGUAUCGGCGGCAGCCUGAGCAAGGCUGGUCCAUUGUCGCUGCUCCUGGGUUAUCUCUUCUGGGGCCUGCUGUUCAUCUGGCCCUGCAAUCUGUGUGUUGCUGAGAUUGCCGCUUGGUUGCCGGUCAGAGGCACCGUGUUUGAACUCGCUGGGAGAUAUGUCGAUCCUGCGCUCGGCUUUGCGAUGGGUUGGACUUAUUUCUUUGCCGGUGCGAUGCUGGUGUGUACUGAGUAUUCGGCUGUCGCGACCGUCAUGCAGUAUUGGAAUACGGACGUCAAUCCGGCCGUGUGGAUUACGAUGACUUUAGUGGUUUGCUUCCUUCUCAAUGUUGUGGCUGUCAAAUGGUAUGGAGAAUCAGAAUUCGUCAUGGCCUCGACUAAAGUUCUCCUUCUUAUCGGCUUGAUUCUUCUGACGUUCAUCACCAUGGUGGGAGGCAACCCCAAACACGAUGCUUAUGGUUUCCGUUAUUGGAAGAACGGCCUUGCUACACAUCCAUACUAUGCGAGUGGCAGUACCGGCCGCUUCCUAGGCUGGUGGAGUGUUGUCAGAUACGCUGGUUUCACGAUUGCGGGCCCGGAUCUCAUCGCCCUCGCAUCUGGUGAGAUCCAAAAUCCUCGACGAACGAUCCCCCGCGUUGCAAAACUCGUCUUCUACCGACUUGUCGGCUUCUACGUUGUGGGUGUCUUUGCUGUGGGCAUCAUUUGCUCGUCGCGAGAUACUCGACUUAUUGGGGCUAUCAAAGGAGGCGAUGUUGGUGCCGCUGCAUCCCCAUGGGUCAUCGGUAUCCAGAAUCUCGGUAUCACCGGACUGCCAGGCCUGAUCAACUUCUUGAUUCUCCUCUCUGGAUGGUCUUGCGGUAAUGCCUACCUUUACUCGUCUAGUCGAACACUCUACUCUCUUGCUCGCGACGGUCAGGCGCCAAAGUUUUUCAUGAAGUGCACGAAAUCCGGUAUCCCUAUCUACUGUGUGAUUGCAGUCAGCUUGAUCUCUUGCGUUACAUAUCUUGUGGCAUCCGACAGUGCGGUCAAGGUGUUCUUCUGGUUCGUGUCACUCACAACCAUCGCACUCAUCAUGACCUACACAGGUAUGCUCUGGGUAUUUAUCGGCUGGUACAAUGCCUGCAAGGCUCAGGGACUCGACCGAGACACUCUACCGUACAAGGCACCAUUUGCCCCUUACUCUGCAUAUUUCGCUAUCUUCAUUGCCUGCUUGGCGAUGCUGUUCAUCGGGUUUGACGUGUUUGUGCCAUGGGAUACUCAAGGAUUCGUGACAUCCUAUUUCGGGCUCGCAUUUGGCAUCUUCAUGUUCGUUUUCUGGAAGAUCUUCAAGCGCACCAAGUUUGUCAAUGCGAAGACUGCCGAUCUGUAUAGUGGCAAGGCUGAGAUCGAUCGCGAGUGCAGGCAUUGGGAGGAAGGUGGUCUGGAGGAGAAUGAGAAGAAGAGACUUGCGGAGAUGAGUGUUCUCAGGAGGAAUUGGGAAAAGUUAUGGUAA